GUCGGGAGGGGUCCGCGGCCGCAGCAGGAGCGGGAGGCUCGGGCCAUGGCCGCCGACGUGUUCAUGCGGCCGGGCCGGCUCCCGGGGGCGGCGGGGCCCGUGUCGCGGCGGGCGGAGCCGGACGAGGACUCCUCGGACACGGACGAUGGGGGCUCCCCGGCGGGGCGGCGGCCCGGGCUGCGGCGGGGCCAGCCCGCGGGGCCCCAGAUCAUCCACUCGGGCCACUUCAUGGUCUCGUCGCCGCACAGCGAGCACCCGCCCAAGAAGGGCUACGACUUCGACACGGUCAACGAGCAGACGUGCCAGACCUACCGCUUCGGGGCGGCGCGGGGCGGCGGCGGGGCCGGGGGGCGCCUCAGCAUCGACGCCUCCCUCACCAAGCUCUUCGAGUGCAUGAGCCUGGCCUACAGUGGGAAGUUGGUUUCACCAAAAUGGAAGAAUUUUAAAGGUUUAAAACUUCAGUGGAGGGAUAAAAUUCGUCUCAACAAUGCCAUCUGGAGGGCAUGGUAUAUGCAGUACCUGGAGAAACGCAAGAACCCAGUGUGCCAUUUUGUGACUCCACUAGAUGGCUCUAUUGAUGUAGAGGAACAUCGGCGGCCUGAAGCCAUUGCAACAGAAGGGAAAUAUUGGAAACGAAGAAUCGAAAUAGUCAUCAGGGAAUAUCACAAGUGGAGAACAUACUUCAAGAAAAGGUUACAGAAACACAAAGAGGAAGACCUUUCAAGCUUGGUGCGGGAUGAUGACGUGGUUCUCUGGCAUCAGAGUAGAUAUGGCAGUGAAACCCCGGUCCCUAUGGAGGAAGAUUCCUUUCUGGAUGCAGACAUGCUUAUGUCUGAGUUCACUGACACCCUGUUCUCUACGCUUUCUUCACAUCAGCUGAUUGCCUGGCCAAAUCCCAGAGAGAUAGCACACUUAGGAAAUGCUGACAUGAUUCAGCCAGGACUUAUCCCCCUCCAGCCAAACCUAGAUUUCAUGGAUACUUUUGAAUCUUUUCAGGAUCUGUUCUCAUCCAGUCGCUCUGGCAACUUUUUCACUUCUCUCCCUGCUGCCAGUUCUGCUAUGACAGAUACCAGCAGCCAUUCUUCCCAGUCUUCUGUCCUGCCCUCAGGUUCUUUACCCAGCCCACUCCCAACGGUGAGCCUCAGUGAAGGAUUGAUUGCCUCAUCAGUACCUGCUCCUGUCAUUCCUGAUGUUGGUGCUAACCAAUGUUCCAACAUUCGGAGUGGGGGCUCUUUCAUCCAGCCAUCAGACUUCAAUUCCAGUUCAUCUCUAAGUGCCCAGCAGCCAUUUCUUCCGGUGUUCCCAGCUCCUGUGUCGCUGCUGCAGCCCACUGUCCCACCACAACAAGCCGCUUUGCCCACGGUGCCUCUGAAUGCCAGCUUGAAUUCUCAGCCGCCUGCUUUUACUGCUCCAGAAACCCAAAAGUCUGGCCUCUGCAAAUCUUCCAUUGUUACCCACACGGCUUCUGCCACCCAGACCCACAACGCCUCUGCUACCACCUUCAGCCAGAGCCAGAACCUCAUUCUGGCAACACAGCAGCCAGGGGGAGGCGUGCCUUGUAACCUGACUCUACAGACUGCUGUCGUGCAGGGGCAGCCCCGGCCUCAGCUACAACCCCACCUGACGUUUGCACUCCCGAAAGCCAUUCCCCUGGCAAAUGCUGGGACAAGACCCAAACAGCCACAAAAAAUAGUGCCUGUUCCAAAGCCUGAAACGGUGUCCUUAGUAUUAAAAAAUGCCUUCAUCACCCCAGCUGCCUUUCAGGGACAGUCCAGAGCUGUGAUCGUAACCCCAGCACCUUUAAAAAGAGAGGGGAUUUUGACUCCAGCCAUGUCUCCACCUAGUGUUGUAAUUGCACCAGCUGGAAUUGCCAGAGCUCCCGGGGUGAUGGAAUUCCAUAAUAACAUUCUGGUUGGUCAAGCACAGCAAGCUCCGAAUAACCAGCAAGUCCAGUCCACAGUCUCGCAUCGCUUCUCUCCUAGUGCAGUCCAAGAUGUGAAAGGAGAGCAAAUCCCUUCCCACAGUACCUGUUCACAAGUUCCCUCACCUACACCUAGCCGAGAUUGUCAGAAUUCAGGACAGGCCUCUCCCUGCCCAUCUGAACAAAGCCCCAGUCCUCAGUCUCCACAGAAUAAUUGCUCAGGAAAAUCCACAGCUAACCCUCAGAUGGCUGCAUUUAAGAAUCGAAGGAUGAAGCAUAUUUCAGCAGAACAAAAGAGAAGAUUUAAUAUCAAGAUUGGUUUUAGCACCCUGAACAGCCUGGUAUCAGCUAACUCUAAGUCAAUCAGCCACGCAAUCACGCUCCAGAAGACUGUGGAAUAUAUCGCUAAACUACAGCAGGAGAGAAUGCAGUCACAAGAGGAAACCAGGCGCCUUCGGGAGGAGAUUGAGGAGCUAAACACUGCCAUCAUUUCUUGUCAACAGCAGCUCCCUGCUACCGGGGUUCCCAUAACACGACAGAGAUUUGAUCACAUGCGGAGUAUGUUUGAUGAGUACAUGAGAAACAGGACCCUCCAGAACUGGAAGUUCUGGAUUUUUAGUAUUAUCAUUAAGCCACUGUUUGAGUCCUUCAAUGGAAUGGUGUCUACGACUAGUUUAGAGGAUCUGAACCAGACCGCAAUGGCUUGGCUGGAUCAGCAUUGUUCGCUCCCUGUUCUGAGGCCAAGCCCUUUAUUCCAGUGGUGCUGAACACCCUUCGGCAUCUCAGUAUAACCACCUCGAUCCUGUCAGAUCCAUCACGCCUGCCAGAGCAAGCCACUGAGGCAGUUUGUAAGAUCAACAAAACAGCUGGGGAAACCUAACAACCACAAAUGAUGAGUUACCUAUACAAGACGUGAAGAACGUCCCAGCCUCACAGACUUAUGAGUCUCCUUACAGUUCGUGCACUUUAGAAGGGAUUCUCUCUAUCAUGUAGGACAUUGUUCAGGGCAUUUUGCCUCUGGCUUCUGAACAUGUAGAGAUACAAUGCAACAUUGUCUAAGGCUUGGCUCCCUCUUCAAUACCUGUUAGGCUCAGUUAAGUGAGAAUGCCAACCUCAGAUACAUAAGUAGGCUAGGGUCCUGCAUUCAGCAAUAAAAAAAAUCUCCAUCAAUGAAGCAUGAAUAAAUACACAGUGAACAUCUUUGCAUAAAAUGACUUUAAGUACUAAACAAGGUGUAAAUUCACUACACCUAGGAACAAUUUGUUAAAGGGAAAUGCACAUCUGAUUUCAUGAAAGGUACUGUGCUUUUUCAUUUUAUUACCUGCUGUUCAAUUUCUUUGUUGUGUUACUUGAACAGUAAAAAAAAGUUGAUAAAAAGAAUGAUCAACAUAUUAAUAACCAAAGGAGAAAAAGUUAAUCAAAGAUACAAAAUCAUGGUAAAAUACUAGAAUUAAAAUCUCAGGUUGUGUAUGUAUCUUUAUUUUAGUUCAGUAUAUUAUUUGUAUGUGAUCAUUUGGUGGGUAUGCUUUAUUUCCUAGCAAAUAAAGUAGCAGAUGUUUUCUUAGAACUUUUUUUUCCUGAUUUAGGCAGUACAAGUGCAUAGCAGGACAGUUUGGCAAGUACAAGAGAACAAUUUCUUUAAUUUGUGUGAACUUUUUACUUGUAAAUAUAGACGUGAAUUUCCAUACAGGCUUAAACUGUAAACUAUUUUUUCUUACAUGCUGCAGAGUUGAACUCUCCAUCAUAACACAUGUGCACAGAUGAUGCUGUAAUGCUUUAGAGACAGAAACUGAGUUUGUAAUGCUAGGAAGUUGGCAUUUAUGUUGUCACAGAAAUUAGAUCAAUCCAUAUGUACUCAUAAGCUAUCCCUCACUCCUGUAUCUUCUUUGCCUAUUUCCCCUGCUUCAGUAUCCCUGCCCUAAGUCCUAAACUCUUGAAAGAUUUAGGUCACGGUUGUCAGUCUUUAAGAGGAGGCUUGCAUCCAACAUAAAACUUAGAACACAGCUUGUUUGAUAUCUGAAAUGUGAUUUUAUUCACUGUGACUGGCACAGUAAGUGUCUGACAUAACUAUAGAUGGGUCUGAGCUUCACUGUUCACUAGCAAUGUGUUCAUCACCAUAGUGCUAGCAACUUCUGGCCAACAGUACCUCAUGCAGAUUGUUCCUGUCCACAUUAGGAUUAAUCUAAGUGGGGCAGGGUGUAUGUAUGUGCCAUUGGCGAAUUAGGAGGAGUAUGGGGAUAAACCUGGAGACUCUUGACCCAUGAUUUGUAGGCCUUCUCUUGCAGUGCCUUCUCCAUAGCUCAUGUCAUGGAGGCUCUGCAAAACUGACUCUCUUUGGUUGGAGCAAAGCUGGAGCAGAAGAUUUAUGCUUCAAGCCUUCCCAGCUUUGGGGUUUGUUCCUUGCCAGUGCCUUUGCACAGCACCUUGCCCACCAGUGUUGCUCUCAGCCUGUGUCCUGGGGACAGGGUUUGGCUUGUGGGUAACAAGUUACUCUGCUGCAUCACUGUAAUGAAGUCUACUAAAAACAUGAUCCUUGAUAGCCAGCCCCCUUGACCUGAAAGUAGAGGCACGAUGUAAAGCUUAAGUCUUCUGUUGAGGUUCUGAUGCGGCACUCAUCACUCUGGUAUCUGAGCUCCUGCUUUCCAAUGCAGUGAAAAACUAAGUGAUUUGUUGCUUAGCUACUAGCAUAUAACCACCUAAGCGGAGAGCUGUACUGUGCACAGCUAGAGAAAUGCCUAGCAGUGUCUGCUUUCACAGUGACGGGUAACUCCAAUAAUGUGAUUACACGUCUGAGCGUUUUUGUUUGGUUUUUUGUUCCACUGCAUGAAUUAACUUUAUCUGCAAAAGAAUUGAGCCUUCAGGCCAUUGACUGUAUUUUGUAUCUGGCUCAAAAUUUGAGAUCCCAGAAGUUUACCAAACUCUCAGGUCAGUUUUCGUGGCAGAAAAAUAAAUCAUUAAACUCAGCACAACUUAUUAAUAACUCUGACAAUUCCACUACUUUCUAGAGAGAAGUUAUUAGGAACCAUGUUAACAAUCCAGGUAAAGCCACCUGAUAUCUUCCCUUGGUACCUUUCCUUCCAGUUUCACAAGGAAGCUGCAUUGAGAUGGGCAGGUCUAGUACGCUGACAGUGUUUAGUUAGGUUUCAGAGUAACAGCCGUGUUAGUCUGUAUUCGCAAAAAGAAAAGGAGUGCUUGUGGCAUCUUAGAGACUAACCAAUUUAUUUGAGCAGUUUCCACAGUAUGCAUCCGAUGAAGUGAGCUGUAGCUCACGAAAGCUUAUGCUCAAAUAAAUUGGUUAGUCUCUAAGGUGCCACAAGUACUCCUUUUCUUUUAGUGUUUAGUUAGAGAGCAGACUGAAAAUAAUUUGAUAUUACACACUCUAAAAUAUUUUCAGGGAUUUUACAUUAGGAAGCAACUCUUCACUUUCUCUGCCAUAUAACUUUCCAUUUGGAGGGUCAGGCUUUCAAAAGUUACCUGUGAAACAAACUGCAGGAUUUCCCUGUCCUGAGUUUUUGCAUUCUCAACUUUUCACAGCUGAGUUUUUGCACAUGCCGAACAUCAGUUAUGGUGGAAAUGGCAUUUGUACAUGCAAAUCAAGAGACAUUUUGCUACGCAUUUAUAUACCUAAACUUCACACACACCUCUGAGAUUUUUGCAGCUGUAGAAAAACUUCAGUUACAGCUGUAGGGAUAGCAGUUGAAGGUCCUUUGAAAAUGUAGGCCUAGACUUUAUUGAAAUAGUACAUAGAGGUGGUUGGUAAGCGGUGAAGUGGCUUUUCUACAUAUAUACUCAGGCCUAGAUAUGCAGUACAAUCUAUUAGUAAAAUAAGCAAUAUUGUUUGGUAUCCAUCUGAAUAAAUGGUGCUAUAUAAAUGUAAGAUCUUUUCUAUCGAUGCCUAUAUUCAGCCUUCAUUUUAUCAAUGAUCUUGAACUUCUAACAAAAUCUGACACAGUGAUUAGCUGGGUUCCCCCCCAACUUCCUCAUUUACACACCUACCUUAUUGAUACAUAUUUUAACAUGCAAAUAUAUAUAUAUAUAUAUCAGGUGAAGUUGUCUCCAGUCUGCAUGGUAGAUAUUGUGCCUGGUUCUUACCUCAUCCCAGUGUAAAUUGGGAGUAAUUGCAUUGAAGACAAUGUGAAGUGCGAUCAUAAUCAAUCUUUCCCUCAACACGCAAGAUGUACUAAGAGCCUGUUAGAAAGCUCAUUAAAGUCAGUGAAAGUCUUUCUGCUGACUUCCAGGAGCUUUGGAUCAGACCCUAAAGAGUUCAGUCCCAACUCCCAUUGAAAUCAAUAGAAGGACUCGCAUUGACUGCAUUGGUAGCCUAAAGGAACAUGAAAGGAGAUUGUGACUGAGCUGCUUAAAGUUAUCAGGUUACCACUUUUUUUAUCUAGAAGUCUGCUAAAAACCAUCGAGUCUCACUGCAUAGCUGAACAGAUUAAAAUGGGACAGAUAGGGUGUGUAUCGUUAGUUGCAGGGGAAACGGACACAGAACAGUUCUGCUUGCUGUGCAAAGAUCGGCAGCACUUUAUCGUUUGGUUUUUUUAUUAAAAAUUGCUGACUUUGGCAGUGAGGAAGGGGAAAAGUGUACGAGGGAGAAGAAAAAAGAAUACAGACUUUUCAUUCUGUAUGGCAUUUACCAGAAAUCAUCUGCUUUCCUAAAUCUUUUGAGUUGAACAAAUACCCAUGACGCAUGGAGACUUGAAAAAUAAGAUCUUGCCCCUUAGUGGAGGUUUAUAAUUCUGAGAACCCUUUGCCACCUAAUUUCUGUAAAUCUGAACUCUCGUUUGUUUAUUUCAGACUACAGGUUUUAUCGUGACAGUGCUUAUUGGGGGCACUGGAAACUGGACUGGGAGUUUACAGACCUUGGUUCAAUUCCUGGCUCUGCCGCUGUUUUGCUGUGGGCCUAGUCACUUACAUCUGCCUCAGUUUCUUCCUCUGUAAAAUGGGGAUGAUACUUCAUCUUUUGUAAAGCAGUUAGUAUUUCUACAGAGCUUUUCUUUAGAUCGCAAAAUACUGUUAUGAAAAAAGAUUGACCCAAUUUAUAUGAAUUGCGGUGUAAAUCUCUGCUAUAAGCUUGAACUUUGUAUUCUAUUUCUGCUCACCAGCUAAGGGGUUUAAAUAACACAUCUUUCAAAAAGAGGAUUUCUGCCCAGAGCAGUCACACUCUGCCUCAGUUUAUCGAGUUCCAAUUCAGUUCUUUGUGGCACCAAACAGAUGCAGGCUCUCAACCAGUCCCCACUAUCUGUCUGCAGUUUACAGAGAAUUUUAGGUGACACCUACGGUCUACCUCGCCUUCAGUGGCUUCGUAUUGUAGAUUGGUUCCCAAAGAAUCUGUAGUACUCAGAUUCAUUGUUAGCUUCCCUAAAAGCCAAACACAAGUUAUGCUUUACUCAGACCCAAAUCAUUGGGUUCAAUACAGGGGUAUCUGGGUGAAAUAAUGGCCUGUGAUGUACUAGAUCAGCAUUUCUCAAACUGGGGUCCAUGGGCUCUGCUGAUCAACUCCUCCCAGCACCUCCUGCACAUCAGGGAACUGUUCCCCAGUGUGCAGGAGGCACUGGGAGGGAGGGGGAAGAGUGGAACAGGCUGCACAGGGAGGGGGCAGAAAGAGGCAGGGAAGAGGAGGGUCAGGGGUGAGUGCAUGCAGGGCUUGGGACUGAGCAGGUGAUUUGGGGGUCCUUGGAUUUUCAAAGUUUGAGAACCACUGUACUAGAUGAUCUAAUGGUCCCUUCCGCCCUUAAACUCUGUACAUCUCUGCAACCCAACACAUCAGCUACUGUAGUUCUCUUAGGGCCUUAUGCUUCCUGCCAACAGCACAGUCAUGGGCAGAAAAAACCAGAAACUAGCUGAGGUUGAGGGAGCAAGAGCACCGCAGGGAUGGGGACAAGGGAUACUCUUGGCAGCACGAUCCCCUCACAGAACUGUUGGGAUUUCUUUGUGGGAGAUAAUACUGGGUCUAUUGGCAGGCUCUGCCAUGGCUUUCCCGUCCCCUAGAGAAAUACCCCCUGCAGGGAGACUCUCUGUAUCAGCUGCUGGAAGGGAGCUGUGUGGACAAGCGUAGAUGUGCUGUGUCUGCGUGUGACUAUUCCUGCGCUCUGUGAGUGCCCCAAGCUCCUGGAGAUUUUCUCACAGAGCUGAGGCAAUGUCUGCACUGCGAGCACUCGUGUAGACGUUUCCUACAUUGAGGGAAGGGGGUUUUCCAAUCACUGUAGCUAAUCUACCUUUUAAUCUACCUUUCUGAGAGCCUGUAGCUAAGUCGAUGGAAGAAUUCUCCCAUCAACCUACCUAUGUCUGUACUGGGAGUUAGGUCAACCUAACUACGUCAGACAGGGCACAAAAUUCUUUACAGCCCUGAGCAACGUACCAAGGUUGAUCUAAUUUGUAAGUACAGACCAGGCCUUAUUAGGGUACUACAGGUUUGGUGCGUCUCAGUUCAGCCAUCCCCUCCUCCCAACAGGAUGAUCUGUUGAAAAUCCUGAAUAUAGUGGAGCUUCCUGGGCCCUCUGUGUGCCCUUUUGACCAGGGCAUGAUAUGACCCUUAGAAUCUGGGACUCUGAAAAUUACUUGAUUGUGGGAAAUGUGCACAAAAAAGUCCAGUAAUACCCCAGAGUCUCCAGGCGCCAGCUUUCUGCUAGAUCUCUGUGCAUCUGUAAGUGCUUGAAAAGGCAAAGACCAGCAAGGUCACACUGCUAAGCAGCGUCUUGCCAGCUUGAGUGAAUCCAUUUAGUUUGCAGCCCCAGAGUUUGACAUUCCAGUACGUGUGUUUGGUUUUAAAACCAAAAACCUCUGUGAGAUCAGGCAGCGGUUUGAGAGCAGUUAUAAUAUUUAGUGCCCGUGGCAUUUCUGGGUAAUAGCAGAAACGGUCAGCAGCAUGAAGCUUUUGUAGUUCCAUCUUUUCUGCCUAUUCUUGGGAUGGUUAAUUCUUGACCUGCUGGUGCCAGUUGAAAGCUACUUUGGGGGGCGGGGAAUUGACUAUUCAGUAUCAGGACAGUUUUGAAUAAUUUGUCUGGUGUUAUCUACACUUUAUUUCCAGUGCCUGCUUCUACUUUUGAUUAUACACCAAGAUAAAGUAAAAUGAUCAAAUUACUGUUGCCACUAAAUCACGUAGUCUUAGGGGCCCAAUCGGCAAGUUGCCGAGUGCCCUUAACUUCUUCUGACUUGAGUAAGAUAUUUGGUGGGGUAACGACUGCAGGAUUUGGCCUGCCCAUUGCUUGCCUCCAGUAAUUUUUGUCUACUAUGUGGGUGCAUGUGUUUCAUAACAGUUUUCUGCAGCAAGGCCACUUCCUCCCUCGGCCCUGUUCCCAUUGACUUUGAUUGGGGCACCGGCUCUCCAUUUUUCUUCUUUAUUAAACAGGUGUCAUGCUGUUUUGCAUUGCAAGACUGCAGGCACACAGGUAGGUUUUGGACAGAUAUGUAAAACCCAGUAUGGUUACAAAGCAACAUACCAAGGCAUUUUAAUAUAAUGGUCUCAUGGCUGUUGGAAUUGUUUUUAUUCUGAACUUAAAGCACAGCUCAUACGCAUGAAUAAAAUGUUAAGACAAAGUAAGUGAGCGCUCGAAGCAAUCCUCCUCCUCCUCUUUAAUGAUACAUUGGACAAAGUGCUUCCUGUGCUGCCAUAAAAAUUUGCUACAGGUAUUUUUUUAAAUGAAUGGAUUUGAUUUUUUUGUUACAUAAACACUCGGAAGAACACGGGCUUCAGAUGUGCUCUUGCUUUGGCCUUGUUAUAUAAGGUUUUCUGUUCUAUUGUAGGAGACAACUUCUGCUGUGCUACUGGUAUGCAGCAUUUGUCAUGCAGCUCUGUUAAAUGUGCAAUGCAAUUUUAUAUUUACAACCAAAACAAUAAAUGUUAUUUUUUGGAAGAAAA